CCCCUCCUGCACACGUCGAGGCUUCAUGAGGAGCUUCAGUCAGAGAGGAAGACAUCCAGAGGGUGACCACUGCAUCUGAUUGGCUGAUGACCCUGAACAGGCCACCAAUGAGACACCAUCAUCACUGUGUGACUGCGUGUGUUUCCCUCUCUGUCUCUGAACGUCAGCCUGCGCAUAUUUUUAUGUUUGUAGAGCUGCAUGCAUGCAUGAGUGUGCGUGUGCGUUAGUGCAGGAUGUUAAAACCUGGAGCUGUGAAGGGGGGGGAGGGGCAAGGACAGAGACGCUAAAGAAAUAUAUGAAAAAAGAAAGAAAGACGCAAAUAUAGAAGAGAAGAAAAAGGGUGGAGGAUAGUGGGGAGAGGACAGAUGCUGAGGAGAGAGUGAUAGUGAAAGGCACGCUGAGGAGAGAUUGACGGAGAGUGAGGAGGAGGAGGAGGAGGAGACGAUCUGCUGGAGGAAGCAGCAGCAUCGUUGAUUUUUACAGGAACCAAGGCAGCUGUCCUCUGUUGCCGUGACGAUGGGCUGCUGGCUCUCUGGACCGUGGAUGGGUGACCAAACGUUGAGUGGGCGGAGUCUUGCAAACCUGAGCCAGCGGGAUGCUCUGCGGAUCCUGGCAGCCAGUCAGCGUCCAAUCACCAUGCAGAUCAAGGGUCAGAGGGGGUGUGGCACCGAGGCAGACAGGGGAAUCUGGGAGCCCCUCCCCCUCAACCUGCAGCAUCUUAACCUGCCACUCCCACUGAUGGGGGCGGGGCACAACGCCUCCAGCCCCUCCUACCAGGACAGACAUUAUUACAGCCAUCUGUCUCUGCCACAAGAUCACUGUGAAGGAGGACGGUACAGCUACCUGUCCAGCUCCCCACGGGACACUGUGGACAUGGGCCAUCAGGAUCCAGAACUGACUGGUCGUGGACCAAAGGGACAGAACUGCCUGAUGGGAUGCUGCAAUGCAAACUUAGAAGAACCUAACGGCUGCCACAGUCAGACGGAUGACGAGGACUUCAUGUUGGAGAAGCCGCUGGGCUUCCUGCCCCUCCACCAUGAGCUAGACAGCGGUUUGGGCUGGACUGACGGCUCCCUCCACCAGGGGGACCUCUCGGGGCUGGAGACUGAGGAAGGAGGCCUGGAGGACUGUCAUUCACAUGGGGCCCUCGCCCCGGGGGGUUGUGGGGGCUUCGGAGGCGGCGGCUCUCCUUCCUCUGAGUCCUUUAUUUCCUCGGAGCUCAGCGACUCGGGCUUCUACAGCGUGAGCACCGGGGAAUUCAGGCACUUCCAGAGGCUGCUGGAGAAGCGAAUGCGGCUGUACAACGCCAGACUGCAACAUCAGGGCGAACCCUGCGAGAGGCGGGAGCGGCGUGACAGCUGCCCCAAGAGCCACCGUGAGCUGCUGGAGGCCAUCCCUGAGGCGCUGACCAUGCAGCCUCAGUGUCAGCGCCUGCAGCUCGAGAUGGACGAGGGCACUGGGCCCAUCAUGGAUCUCCCACCACGUGGACUUUUCAGGGUUUCAUCGGUCCAGUUCCAUAAAGCUGACCGGCCCUGUCUGAACCGUCACAGCUCCAGCAGUGGAGCCCUGUUCAACCCCUCCCACGCCCAUGCUGCAGUAUCACGAAUGACUGCCCCGGUCCUCUCCACCUGCAGCACCCCCUCCAGCCACCGGAGAGCACUAGUACCCAUGCAGCAGCACCACGAGGGCUCCAGUUCAAUGGGGAUGCUGAGGAGAAGCCGAACUCUGCACCAUCGCACUCCUCAGCAGGAGUACCGCCGUCGGGCAAGCCACCCAGCUUCCCCCUCCUACUGCGCAGAAACCCUGCACCACUGCGGAGGUGUGCCGCCACAUAACGUCCUGCCAUCCGGCCUGCCAGAGGAAGCUGAGCUAGUGGCUGCUGUGUUGGCUUCUCACCCAGGAGGCCUGGCCCUCCCACCACAACAACACCCCACCGCUCUGGGGCAUAUCAGGGGUGCCAACACCCAUGAGCGAUGCUACGACAACAACACUAAUGCUCAGCUCGCUCCCCAUGACUGGUGGCACUCGCAAGAAAGAAGCUUGAUGCCUGAGCAACUGGUGACAGAAAUGGACAGAGAGAUUGAGAGGGAACUGGAACAAAAAAGGCAAAUGCAUGAGAAAGAGCUGGAGAGGGAGAGGGAGGCACAAAUUCAAGAAGAGAUGGACCGAGAGAGGCAGCAGGAGCUGGGGAGGAGCCGAGCCAGGGAGCAGCAGCACCUCCAGAGUUUGGUCCACCCUCCUCAGACUGGAGAUGUCAACGACACCUGGCCAAAACCAGCCAUCCGUCAGUCCCUGGGUGGUGGGGGAGGCAGAGGUCUCUACAGUACCCUGGAGGGCCACACAGGGGCUGGCUGUGCUUUUGGAUGGGAUGCAAAGAUAGGACACAUAAAUGCAAGUUCAAGCCCAAAUCCCAGUUCUGGUUUUCAGCCAAAACUUAACCCAAACUCCAAAUCCAACACAACCUCACGGAUCUCCAGGAACCAGCUCCUGAGAGACCGGGCGUCUCAGCUGGCGGAUGAACGCAGUGGAAUGAGCACAGAUGAGGAGACCAAUACUGACAUGCUGAUGGGUCGUUACUGGAGUAGAAUGGAGAGAAGGGAACACUUCCUAUUGGCCCGUGAGCAGAGGCAGCAGCAGCUGCAGGCCAGAGGAGCGACAAUACGAGACGCCAUUAUCAGGGGAGGAGCCAUUGCUGGAGGAGGAGGAGUCUCUGUUGGAGACAGAGGUGUGCUGGACAGCAGAGGUGGAGCUUUUGCAGAAGGGAGGUGCAACACGGUCCUGGAGAUGAGUCAGAGGAAGCUGAGUCGUCUGAGGAACAGGAAGCUGUUGGAUGACUGGACGACAGUAGAGGAGCUCCUGACUCAUGGGACCAGGCUGAACAACCAGGAGGACAUGCUGUGUACCAGCUCCCUGCUGACGGUCACCACCGUCUAAUUGCAUGGGCACCAUGUCUUACUGUAACUCUGUAUGAGUGUGUGUGAUGUUAAGCUAACAAUACGACAUAUUAAUGAUUCCUCUGUAUUUUCUAAAGACAAUGAAAAUAUGAAUAUCAGUUUCAUCUUUGUGUGUCCAGUACAGAGAUCCAGGACAUGUUUAGCCAAGCUAAGCACAAAGACUGGAAGCAGGGGGUAAAUGCUAGUACAUCUUAAUCUAUAACUAAAAAUACACUUACAAUAACUUCCAAAUUGUCUGACCAAACGAACAGUUGGAUUCUACUUGAUGCAUCUGCGUAGCUGCUUUGGUCUGUAAGGGUCUUAGUUAUGUAGGGCCCUAUCUUACACCUGGCGCAAAGCGACACACAGCAAAGCGCAACUGUCAUUGUAAGUUUCAGACCGACACAGUUGUCAUUUUCACUCCCAGCGCCCAUGCUGUGUAAAUAGCACUAAUUGUGUCAUGAUGAGUACACAAGUGUUGUUUUUAACGGCAGCGUUUCUGCAGCUGCAUUACGCCUCACCGGCAGGCUGCAGCCUCUGGAGGUUUCCAGUCAGUUCUCUUUUAGAGCGAGCCCCCAGUGGAUUGCAUCGGAAAACAAUAGAGUUUUGAUUAUUAUAAUUGUAGAUUACGCAAUCUGAAUAGCAAUGCACACAGUGCAGGCACACCUGGCUUUGAUUGGUUUAAUUCAUGUCAAACCAACGUACAGACUGUAAGUACACGGUGUGCACUGUCUGUCUUCCAUCCUGCUGUCUCUGUCCUCUUUGAGACUCUUUUUACCAGAACAGGGUCCUCUUCAUCUCGGUCCAUGAAGCACAAAGAUGAAACUGAUAUCCAUCUUCUCAUAUGACUCUGGGAAAGACGGAAAUGUCGGACUGUUCCUUUAAUGAAUGUGUGCGAGAAAGGGAACCUCACUGUCAUUGCUGUACAUCACCUCAACUGAUAGCUUUAUGUGUGGGUGUGUGACCACUGUACAGCACGCCGGACAAAAUGUGUGUCAGUGCAUGACGCUUGUGAAGACAAACAACCGAACAAGGUCAGAUGAGCGUGUAUGUUUGCAUCAUGUGUUUCAUGCUACAUCUUAUGCUACAUUUACUUCACAGAAUCUUUUACAAAAUUACAAACAUUUGGGUUCAGACUCAAAUCUUCAAACAGACCAUGAGAUUUCGGGGAGCAAUACUGUUCUGCUUGAUGAACCUGGCUGUGCACUAAUGAUAAAUCACAUACGACUUUGACAUCAGGGCCACCGAACACAUCAACUGUAGCAAUGCAGACAAUGACAACUGAGAUUUGAUACCAAAUCCUGAAUGGUUUUUAUAGAAACUCUGUUUACAAUUAAAAUAUCAGUCGGUGGGAGCUUUUGUAACGGAAAAUGAAAAACGCGACCUGAUUUACUUGGUUGUGAAACACUAGUGAAACCGUGUUGAUCAGGGAGGGGGAACCAUGUGCCGCGGAGGUUUGUGACCACGGCUUCAUGUAAAGAUCAGCUACUGUUGUGUUUUGCGUGGAGUUUAUGCCGCAAUCACGUCAUAUUUUUCAGAGCGUACUUAGAAAACACGCUCACGCCAAACUCUUAGUUGUAAUUCUAAAUCGGAGGGAUCAGGCAUUUCAGAUUUCUGAUGGUGAAAAGACAAACAGUCGCAAAAUGUUUGCAAUGUCAGUUACAACUAAAUAAGAUCCACUAUUAACACUGAUAUAAUUGAUUGAGGUAACAACAGAUGACAAACAGCUGGUUGACACUGUAAACACGGCUGGAGCUGUGAAACCACAACCACACAGAACAAUCCAUCUAAUACAUCUUGCUCAUGGGCAUGAGUACCAUGCAUUCUACAGCUCUUUGAAAAGAAAGCACCAUAAUGCGUGAAGUCCUAACAACAAGGGGUUUUUUCUCCCAUUGUUACUGUUCUGCUGACAUGGCGUGAAUGCAGCAUAGCAUUUUUGGCCCUUCGUGGUCCAUGGCUCCCUGUUCCUGCUGGUGUCUUUACUGUUGGCAGGAUGUUUACAGAUCUACCUUCCCAGGUAACAGCUUAUGCAUGUUUACUGAAAUCUACAGUGAUGCGUUGACUGUGUGGAGACAAUUUCAAAGAAAAGAAGAUAAACCACAAGUCAACUUUAGGUUGUCCAGACUGCUGCAGUGUCUGUACAGUCAGGACAGACAGCGCUCAAGUCAGCUUUGACAUUCCACCAAAAGUGUGAGUAAAUCUGAAAUCUCCUGAUUCCAGAUCUGUAGUUCGGGAAAAUGUGCAAUAAUACCUCAAGCUAGUUUUACAAUGACAGUGGUGUGUGCACUUCCUGUCAGGUGUCCAUCGAAUGCAGUAACUCGUUUUAAAUCAAACAGAUGCACAAAUGUGACGAGUCACCGCAAGUGCACAGUAAUCCUAGAAUCUAAAAUGGCAAGAGCAACGGUUAUGUAGAUAUUUACAUUAUUUCUUUACAUUGUUUUCCAUGAGAGGGACCUAAGAAAACAACUUUUUGCACAUCGUUUUUAUACGAAACGUUUUCCCUACCUUUCUGUACCAGGGACCGAGGUCAGUGGAACGACUGUAGAUAGAACGACUGUGUUGAUGUUUUCUUUAGAAACUAUCAUAGUGAUUUAUGGAGGAAAAAAUAAGUUUAUUGUCAUUGUGUUGGACAUAUUUCAAUAUUUUUCUUGUUGUGGUUACAAAACCAAUGUGAACAGUUUUAUGAUCUUUAAAAUCUACUUAAUUUACUUAAAAGCUGGUGAAACUUUGAUUUACCAUUUUCAAAGAGUGAACAAAAUGUGAAUAUUAUUGUCUCUUUAAAUGGCUAAAUUGAAUUUUACUGUUGUUUUGUGUCACUAUGACAUGUACAUAUUGAUUUUGUCAGAAAGUGCAGAUGGUUGGAGUUAGCAGAACAUGCUGAUGCCAUCAGACACCUCCAGUGGUUUGUUCUGUAGGUUUAUAGGUGAGUUAUGGAGGCUGUAUAUACAGCACAGAGAUUAACAUUGUAGUAUUAGUAUGUUCAACACUCACAAUAUUGUCAAAAUUCAUGGAAAGUAGUUCAGUUUGUUCUGAAUGUUAAAUGUGGCAUCCAUUAAAUAUGAGUAGGCUCAUUGACGCUCUAAUGCUUAAAGGAGCACUACAACAUUUUAGAUGAAUCUUCUUGUUCUCCGUCUGCCCCGAGAGUCCGAUGUUUCAGAUGAUCAGUUUCAUCUCUGUGUCCAGCACAGAGAACAUGACUUCUUUUGCAUAGCUUAGCAAGAAUACAAAACAUUGAACAACGGUUGUUCAAUGUUUAAGCUCAAUUAUUGAACCGGUGUAGAAGGUUUAAAAGGACAAGUUGUGAUACAGUAUUUGUGUUUGCUUAGUUCCACAAAGAGUGGAAGCAGGAGUUAGCAGUGCUCUGAGCUACAUGCUAAUGUCAAUAUGGUAACAUGCUCAUAAUGACAACAUUAGCAUGCUGAUGUUUAGCAGGUAUUGGUAAACAUCUAAGUAUGAAGUAUUGGCCAAAUUAAGUUUUUGACCUGAUGACAAAACUACAUAAAAAGUCAGUGUAUCAAGAAAAAGAAAACAAACAGCUCCAAAGCUGUCUGAUGUAUAUGUUAUCCUGCUAGCUAACAAGCUAGUCAUCGAUCCAAUAAUUUGCUAACUGCGUAAAGAUGGAGUCCAAAGUCCAAGUCUCUCUGUCAAACACAAAAGGCCUUUUUCUUUUUAAUUAAUUUGAGUUAACCUGGACAGCUACAAACAUCGCUUAAUUUAAUUGUUAAUUUUCAAAACUCUGAUGAGCUCUGUUAUUUAUUUUUUUAACCAUGGAAAUAGCAGUCCCUCACAAAACCCGCCAUAUUCUCUGAACAAUCGGAGAUGUGAGAAUUGAUUCUUGAACCAGGCUAAGCUGUGCAUGAUCUAAAAGUUCUGUCCUCAUAGUGGAGUUGCCAGACCUAAGCAAUUGAUUAGUUUCAUCAGACUGUUUAGGAGUUGCUAAAAGAUUGAGCUAGGCUAGCAGUUUCCCUAUUGCCUCCAGUCUUUGUGCCGAGCUAAGCUAGUCCUGGGCCUUGGAAACUGAUAUCCAUCUUCUCAUGUGACCCGGCUGAAGGCAGAGAACAAGAUGAUUUACAGAAAUGUAAAACUGUUUGUUUAAAACACUUUAAACACUCAGAGUCAGAGAGAAAAUAGGUGGAAUGGGUUUGUUUCCACGUUUUCCCUCUCUCCCGGCUGUGACUCAAACAGUCUGAAUAAUGGAUGACGAAGAAAGAAUUUUUCUUUCCCACCCGCCCCCGCCUUCACUCUCUUUGCUGACGUUACACAAGGACACUGAGGGCUGAAAAUAGCGCUGCUGUCCUCAUGGGAUGUGAAAUUAAAAGCACACUGGAGCGGAGACACUUGCUGCUGAGGAACACUUGUUUCACUCCAUCUGACAAUCCCUCCAUCCAGCCUGCAAAACCACCUCCAUCUGUCUGUGCAAGGGUACGUUUCACAACAGCAAGCUUUUUGGAAUAUGAUGAUGUACAUGUGAUUGUAAUAAAGAGAUUUUAAUUAGCUAUGA